AUGGCGGCGUUUCGAUAUGUUGGCGUGUGCAGAUGCGUAAACCUAGGACGGCGUUUUAAGCCUGUAUUGACGACCACUGGUUGUCUGCCUUCAAAGAAUGAGGUAUUAGAAUUAACUGGUCAAACUUCACUUGUUGGACUUUUUCACCAACACAGGGGAAAAGGAUUCUUGGGUAAUGAAAGGAUCUGUGGGAACAAGCAUCUUCAUUCCAAGCAGUUUUCAACUGAUUCUGGACAUUACAGUUCAAACCCUAAAAAGAAAACUCUGUACUCACUGAUUAACAUUAAAUACAAGGGAAGUGAUGAAGCUGUGUUAAGGAGUUACACUAAGUUUAUGACAAUGGCUGCAGAACAUCUAGACAUUGAUAUCUCUAACAGAAUUUUGCUACCAAUAGCAAUUGAAAGGCACACACUUCUGAAAUCACCACACAUUAACAAGAAGCACAGAGCACAGUAUGAGGUUCGGACACAUGGGCGCAUGUUACAGGUUAGGAAUGUAACCCAAGAAACAGCAGAUGUAUUCCUUGAGUACAUUCAGCGUAACAUACCAGAGGGAGUCAGUAUGAAAGUAGAACAAACAGAGCUGGAAUCAAUCUCAGACUACUUUGAGCUGCCUCCUGAAGCACAAGAAUUCCUCAAACAACAGGAAAGCAAUCAAAGGACAACAUAAUAAUUUUACUUCUGAUCACACCUCAUACUGAGAGCAAUCAACUUUUGCUGAAUAUUGUGUAUAGUUGUGAAGGAAAUCAGUUUCAAAUAUAACAGUAACCUAAAGAGCUGGGUGUCACAUAUAACUAGCACUUUCUUAUAAAAUAUUUCUACCAUUAGUAGGAAGGUUGAAACACU